AUGGAGGAAGCAAAACAUCCUGAACUGUGGGUUGGAUCAUGGAGGCCCCACAAACCAAGAGGGCCCAUAGCUGCCCUCUAUGGAAGCCCAGGGCCGAAGUAUGCGCUGCCCGGACUCACAGGUGUUUCUAAACAUGACCCUACUAAAUUCAAAGCACCAAUGUUCAGCUUUGGGACACGUCAUGACCAGGGAAUGUUUAGCUGCUCCCCUGGACCAAAGUACCUCAUCCACUCUAACAUCACCAGAACAGGGAAAGACGGCGCUCCUGUGUAUUCACUGCACAGCCGCUCAAAGGAGCAGGGAUUGUUCCAGGGCCCUGGACCAGGCCAGUACUCCCCUGAGCUUUCAGGAAAGAUGACGUAUCACUCUGCUCCUGCUUAUUCUCUGUUUGGGAGAAGCAAAGACUCAACAAUCAACAAAACACCAGGUCCAGCCUCUUACACACUGCCCUGUGUACUGGGGCCCGGGACGGUGGUCACAUCAGCUCCUGCCCACUCACUCCGUGGACGCAGCAAAACUGGAAGCUUCCACGAGGACCUGACCAAGACUCCUGGCCCUGCUGCCUACAAAGUAGUGGACCCCUGUACUUACAGUCAGAAACCGCCACGGUUCAGCAUGACGGGCCGCAACUUUGCUCCCGGGGAAACCACACAGAAACCAGGGCCUGGUUCCCACUGUCCUGAGCGGGUGACCCAGACAAAAUCGAAAGCUCCGAGCUUCUCCUUCGGGAUUCGUCACUCAGAAUUCAUCUCACCCCUCAUUGUCGUUGUGCCUGAAUGA